GAUGCGUGACGGCGGCGCGGGGCUGGCGCUCCUGGCCUCGCUCCUCUGGGUCUCCGCGCAGGGCCAGCAGAGAGGCCUGUUCCCUGCCAUCCUCAACCUUGCCAGCAAUGCACACAUCAGCACCAAUGCGACCUGCGGGGAGAAGGGGCCAGAGACGUACUGCAAGCUGGUGGAGCACGUGCCUGGGCGGGCCAUGCGCAAUGCCCAGUGCCGGGUCUGUGAUGGCAGCAGCGCCAACCCCAAAGAACGGCAUCCGAUAUCCAAUGCCAUCGACGGCACCAAUAACUGGUGGCAGAGCCCUAGUAUCCAGAACGGGAGAGAGUACCACUGGGUCACGAUCACGCUGGACCUGAGGCAGGUCUUCCAGGUCGCUUAUGUCAUCAUCAAGGCAGCGAAUGCCCCUCGGCCUGGAAACUGGAUCUUGGAACGUUCAGUGGAUGGUGUAGAGUUCAGCCCCUGGCAGUACUAUGCUGUCAGUGACACGGAAUGUUUGACUCAUUACAACAUCACUCCGAGACGGGGGCCGCCCACCUAUAGGGCGGAUGAUGAAGUCAUCUGCACCUCCUAUUACUCCAGGCUGGUGCCGCUUGAACACGGAGAGAUUCACACGUCGUUAAUCAAUGGCAGACCAAGCUCUGACGAUCUUUCACCCAAGUUGCUGGAUUUCACUUCUGCACGAUACAUCCGCCUGCGUUUACAGCGCAUCCGAACCCUCAAUGCCGAUCUCAUGACCCUCAGCCACCGGGACCCUAAAGACCUGGACCCUAUUGUCACCAGACGAUAUUACUAUUCAAUAAAAGACAUUUCUGUUGGAGGAAUGUGUAUCUGUUAUGGCCAUGCUAGUAGCUGCCCAUGGGAUGAAGCUACAAAGAAAUUCCAGUGUCAGUGUGAACAUAACACGUGUGGGGACAGAUGCAAUCGAUGCUGCCCUGGGUACCACCAGCAGCCUUGGAGACCUGGCACUGUUUCUUCCGGGAACACGUGUGAAGAAUGCAACUGCCACAAUAAAGCCAAAGACUGUUACUAUGAUGAAGAUGUGGCCAGUCAGAGGAGAAGCCUGAAUAUUGCUGGACAGUUCAGAGGAGGAGGGGUUUGCAUCGGCUGCCUGCAGAACACCAUGGGUGUCAACUGUGAAACCUGUGUGGAUGGAUAUUACAGACCCCAUGGGGUGUCUCCUUAUGAGGACAACCCUUGUCGCCCCUGUGACUGUGACCCUCUGGGGUCCCUCAGUUCUGUCUGUAUUAAGGAUGACCUUCACUCUGACUUACACAGAGGGAAGUGGCCAGGUCAGUGUCCAUGCAAGGAAGGUUAUGCUGGAGAAAAAUGUGAUCGCUGCCAAUUCGGCUAUAAGGGUUACCCGGAGUGUGUGUCCUGUGACUGCAACCCAGCUGGCAGCGUGAAUGAGGAACCCUGCUCUGAGUCUUGUCUCUGUAAGGAAAAUGUUGAGGGGAGUCACUGUGAUCGCUGCAAGCCAGGAUUCUAUAACCUGGAGGAAAGGAACCCCCAGGGCUGCUCCGAGUGCUUCUGCUUCGGCGUCUCUGACGUUUGUGAAAGCCUCUCCUGGCCCGUCAGUCAGGUGAAAGAUAUGUCCGGGUGGCUGGUCACUGACUUGGUCAGUUCCAACCAGAUCCGGUCCCAGCAGGAUGCGCUGGGCGGACGUCACCAGAUCAGCAUCAACAACUCGGCGGUGGAGCAGAGGCUGACCUCCCAGUACUACUGGGCGGCCCCAGAGGCCUACUUGGGAAAUAAGCUGACGGCCUUCGGUGGCUUCCUGAAGUACACGGUGUCCUACGAGGUCCCAGUGGACGCGGCGGACGGUGACCCCCUGUCUCAUGCUGACGUCAUCGUUAAGAUGCUUCAUGCAAGCAUGUUAAGUUGUGUAACGGGCCCCAUCUGUUUGUCUGUUGGUAGGUUGGAUUCUGUCUCUCUGGACGUGGCCAGCCCUAACGUCAUAGACCUGUCCCUGGCCACGGAGGUGGAGCACUGCGAGUGUCCCCAGGGCUACUCGGGCAUCUCCUGCGAGUCCUGUCUCCCUGGCUAUUACCGCGUGGACGGAAUACUGUUUGGAGGAAUCUGUCAGCCCUGUGAAUGCCACAGUCAUGCAUCUGAGUGUGAUGUUCAUGGUGUUUGCUUUGCAUGCCAGCACAACACCACCGGGGACCACUGCGAGCGCUGCCUGCCCGGCUUCUAUGGACUGCCUUCCCGAGGGACCCCCGGGGACUGCCAGCCCUGCGCUUGCCCGCUCUCCACGGCCUCCAACAAUUUCAGCCCCACCUGCCACCUGGAUGAUGGGGACGAAGUGGUGUGUGACCAGUGUGCCCCGGGAUACACGGGGGAUUGGUGUGAGAGAUGUGCAGACGGUUACUAUGGAAACCCAACAGUGCCCGGAGACUCCUGCGUCCCAUGCAACUGCAGCGGCAACAUUGACCUCUUGGAGCCUGGGAGCUGUGAUUCCGUCACCGGAGAAUGCCUGCGAUGCCUUGGGAACACCGACGGCCCCCACUGUGAGAGGUGUGCUGACGGUUUCUACGGGGAUGCGGUGACUGCGAAGAACUGCCGUGCCUGUGAAUGUCAUGGCCAAGGCUCCCUUUCUGCCAUCUGCCACCCGGAAACUGGACUCUGUGGCUGCAAACCACACGUGACCGGACAACGGUGUGACCAGUGCUUGUACGGCUACUAUGGGCUGGACACGGGGCUCGGGUGCCUGCCCUGUAACUGCAGUGCCGGCUCCCUGUCGGAUGACUGCACGGCGGAAGGCCAGUGUCUCUGCAUCCCGGGUGUGGCCGGGGAGAAGUGCGACAGGUGUGCCCGUGGCUUCUAUUCCUACCAGGACGGUGGCUGUACACCCUGCGACUGUGCUCACACCCAGAACUCCUGUGACCCAGAGACCGGGGAGUGUGUGUGCCCACCUCACACUCGGGGUGCAGCGUGCGAGGAGUGUGCAGACGGACACUGGGGCCACGACCUCGAGCUCGGAUGCCAGGCCUGUAAUUGCAGUAGUGUGGGGUCAGCCAGCCAGCAGUGUGAUGUAGUCACUGGCCAUUGCCAGUGUAAGCCUGCAUUUGGUGGACAGACCUGCAACCAGUGCUCCCCAGGGUACAAAGGCUUCCCCGACUGUGUGGCCUGUGACUGUGACCCGAGGGGGACCCUGGCUGAUGCCUGUGACCAGGAGCAGGGUCUCUGCAGCUGUGCCCAGGAGACCGGAGCCUGCUCUUGCAAGGAAAAUGUCGCUGGUCCUCAGUGCGGUGAGUGCCGAGCUGGCAGCUUUGCUCUGGACGAGGCGAACCCUCGGGGAUGCACGUCCUGCUUCUGCUUCGGGCUGUCGCAGCUGUGUUCGGAGGCCGAGGGCUAUGUGAGGACGCCGGUGAUGCUGGGCUCAGAUCAGCCUCUCCUGCGUGUGGUUUCUCAGAGUAACCUCAAGGGCACAACCGAGGGGGUGUACUACCAGGCCCCCGAUGUCCUGCUCGACGCCGUGACUGUCAGGCAGCAGGUCCACGCGGAGCCGUUUUAUUGGCGGCUGCCCGGGCAGUUUCAGGGAGACCAGCUCCUGGCCUACGGCGGCACUCUGCGCUACAGCGUGGCCUUCUAUGCUUCCGAUGGGAUCGGCACUUCCAACCUGGAACCUCAGGUGCUCAUCAAAGGAGGCCGGACCAGGAAGCAGGUCAUCUACGUGGAUGCACCAGCCCCCGAGAACGGAGUGAGGCAGGAGCAGGAAGUGGGGAUGAAAGAGAAUUUUUGGAAAUAUUUUAACUCUGUUUCUGAAGAGCCUGUCACACGCUCAGAUUUUAUGUCCAUUCUUAGCAACAUUGAGUACAUCCUCAUCAAAGCCUCUUAUGGCCAAGGCUUACAGCAAAGCAGAAUCUCAAAUAUUUCAAUGGAGGUCGGCAGAAAGGCGGAAGAGUCACACGCAGGCAGGGAGGUGGCCUUCCUGUUAGAGAAGUGUGUGUGUCCUCCUGGCAUGGCUGGACUCUCGUGUCAGGACUGUGCACCUGGUUACCACAGAGGGAAGCUUCCAGAAGGUGAUGGCAGGAGACCACGCCCUCUGCUGGCCCCGUGUGUGCCCUGCAAUUGCAGCAACCACAGUGACACCUGCGACCCGGAAACCGGGAAGUGUCUGAACUGUGGCCACAACACCUCUGGCAGCCACUGUGACACGUGUGCCCCUGGGUACUAUGGGAAGGUGACCGGCUCGGCCAGUGACUGCUCUCCGUGCGCCUGUCCUCACGGCCUGCCUGCCAGCUACAGUCCCACUUGUGUCUUGGAAGGGGAUCAUGAUUUCCGCUGUGAUGCCUGUUUUCUGGGCUACGAAGGACAAUAUUGUGAGAGGUGCUCAUUGGGUUACUAUGGGAACCCUCAGAUGCCAGGCGGCAGCUGCCAGAGUUGUGACUGCAGCCCGCACGGCUCUGUCCACGGUGACUGUGACCGCGGGUCCGGGCAGUGCGUCUGCCGGCCGGGGGCCACGGGGCUCCGCUGCGGGGAUUGUGAACCGAGGCACAUUUUGGUGGAAAGCGACUGUGUGUGUGAGUGUCACCCCUCCGAAGGGCUAAGGAGGGUUUCUCCUCUUGGAUGGUUUCCCAGUACCCAGUGGCAUCAGCAGGCUAAGCUCAAGGGCUUAGACUCUGUAUUAAAAGAAAAUACACAAAAAGAACUGGUAAACAUUCAACUUGCAGGCGUCUCAGAACAAACGGAGGACCUGCAAAGGGAGCUUGACAGAGUGUUGACACGUAGUGAGCAGGUGACCAGGGCCACGGAAAGAAUCCUGGACAAGAGUGUGGACCUCAUUAAGUUGACCGAGAAGCUGCAGACAGACAUCGAAGAAAUGAUCGAAAAGGCUGCGACUCUAAAUCAGACACUGGAUGACGAUGUCCAGCUGCCCAGCUCUAUUCUUCAGGACAUGCAGGAGAACAUCACGGCUUUGCUGGAAGUCCUGCGGAAAAGGCGGUUCCUGCCGCUGCACCGAAACGCCACCCGAGAACUCAAGGCUGCCGAAGAUUUAUUGUCACAAAUUCAGGAAGAUUACCGGAAGCCACAGGAAGAGUUGGCAGUGUUAAAAGAAGCAGUAAGCAGCCUCCUUUCGACACACAACAGUGAUGUGAGGGCUGCAGAAGAGCUCCUGAGAGAAGCAGAGACCAAGACCCAGGAGAGCGGUCGCCUGCUGCUCCUCAUCGGGGCCAACCUGCGAGAGUUCAGCGAGAAGAAGCUGCGUGUUCAGGAAGAACAGAGCUUGACAUCAGCACUGAUCGCCGAAGGAAGAGGACUGCUGGAUGCGGCCUCUGCUCCUGCAAACACAUUGGGAGAGGCUCUCGUGCAACUAGAGCAACACCGGGACGAGCUGCUGCUGUGGACCGCCCAAAUCAGGCGCCACGUGGAUGACCUGGUCAUGCAGAUGUCUGAGCGGAGAGCGCUGGAGCUUGUGUACAGGGCAGAGGAUCAUGCCGCCGAGCUGCAGAGACUGGCAAGUGCUCUGGACAGUGGCCUUGGGAAUGUCAGACAUGUGUCCCUGAAUGCCACCAGCGCAGCCCAUGUCCACUCCAACAUCCGGAGCCUGAUUGAGGAAUCAGAGAGGCUGGCAACAGAUGCUCUCGGAACUGUGAGAGAGGCAAGCGCGGCUUCCGAAUCUCUUGUUUCUAAUGGGAGAGCGACCCUCCGACGCAGUUCCGAGUUUCUCAGAGAAGGCAACCGCCUGAGCAGAAAGCAUCGAGGUAUCACAUUGGAACUGAGUAGAUUGAAAGAUUCUGCAAAGAGAUUUCAAGAGAAUGCUGAUAAAAUUACCAGGCAGACCAAUGAAUCACUCUUGAUACUUAGAGCAAUUCCUGAAGGUGUCAGAGACAGAGGAGCCGUAGUCAAAGACCUGGCCAUGUCUGCAAACCAGAGCGCCACCAGCACACUCAAGAAUGUCAUGGGGCUGAGCCAGAAGCUGGUGAACACGUCCACGGACCUGUCCAGGGUUAAUGCCACGUUACAGGAAACAGACAAGCUCCUCCGAGACUCCUCGAUGACCACUUUGUUAGCUGGAAGAAAAGUCAAAGAUGUGGAAACACAAGCCAACCUCUUAUUGGAUCGGCUGAAGCCUCUGAAGAUGUUAGAAGAGAACCUGAGCAGAAACCUGUCAGAAAUCAAACUGCUAAUCAGCCAGGCCCGGAAACAAGCCGCGUCUAUCAAAGUUGCUGUGUCUGCAGACCGAGACUGCAUCCGGGCCUACCAGCCCCAGAUUUCUUCUACCAACUACAACAGCCUAACGCUUAACGUGAAGACAAGUGAACCCGACAACCUUCUCUUCUACCUGGGCAGCAGCACUAGCGCUGAUUUCCUGGCAGUGGAGAUGCGGCGAGGAAAAGUGGCAUUCCUCUGGGAUUUGGGCUCUGGAUCAACACGCUUGGAAUUUCCAGACUUCCCGAUUGAUGACAACAAGUGGCACAGCGUCUAUGUGACCAGGUUUGGGAACAUUGGUUCCUUGAGCGUAAAGGAAAUGAGCACAGCUCAAAAGCCUCCACCAAAAACAAGUAAAUCCCCUGGAACAGCCAAAGUUCUGGAUGUAAACAACUCAACCAUGAUGUUUGUUGGAGGGCUUGGCGGACAGAUCAAGAAGUCUCCUGCCGUGAAGGUUACUCAUUUUAAAGGCUGCAUGGGCGAGGCCUUCCUGAAUGGACAAUCAAUCGGCCUGUGGAACUAUAUUGAGAGGGAGGGGGAGUGCCACGGCUGCUUCGGAAGCCCCCAGGAUGAAGAUGCCUCUUUCCAUUUUGCUGGGAGUGGGUAUUCUGUCGUGGAGAAGACUCUCCGGGCUACUGUGACUCAGAUAAUUAUGCUUUUUAGUACCUAUUCACCUAACGGGCUGCUUCUCUACCUGGCUUCAAAUGGCACCAAAGACUUUUUAUCCAUUGACCUGGUCGAUGGCAGAGUCAGGGUGACAGUUGACCUGGGUUCUGGGCCUCUUGCUCUGAUUACCGACCGACGCUAUAAUAAUGGAACAUGGUACAAAAUUGCCUUCCAGCGAAAUAAAAAGCAAGGGCUCCUAGCAGUUAUCGAUGCUUAUAACACCACCUACAAAGAAACCAAGCAAGGGGAGACUCCAGGAGCAUCUUCUGACCUCAAUCGUCUGGAUAAGGAUCCAAUUUAUGUGGGUGGAUUACCGAGGUCUAGGGCGAUAAGGAAAGGUGUCUCCAGCAAAAGCUACGUGGGCUGCAUCAAAAACUUGGAGAUAUCCAGAUCCACCUUUGAUUUACUCAGAAAUUCCUAUGGCGUGAGGAAAGGCUGUGUAUUGGAGCCUGUCCGAAGCGUCAGCUUCUUGAGAGGUGGCUACGUUGAACUGCCUCCCAAGCCUCUGUCACCAGAUGCGGAGUUGUUGGCAACAUUCGCUACCAGGAACAGCAGUGGCAUCAUCCUGGCCGCCCUGAGCCAGGGCGGUGAGAAGCCAGGAGAUCGGCAGGCCCAUGGGCCCUUCUGGUCCAUCAUGCUAAUUGAAGGCCACGUUGAAGUGCAUAUUAACCCUGGGGACGGAACCAGCCUGAGAAGAGCUCUUCUGCAUGCUCCCACGGGCACCUAUGGUGAUGGUCAAGAGCAUUCUAUCUCUCUGAUAAGGAGCGGAAGAGUUGUCACCGUUCAAGUGGAUGAGACAACUCCUGUGGAAAUGAAGUUGGGCCCGUCAGCAGAAAGCAGGACCAUAAAUGUGUCCAGCCUGUACGUUGGGGGCAUUCCAGAGGGUGAGGGGACACCCAUGCUCAAGAUGAGAAGCUUGUUCCAUGGCUGUAUCCGAAACCUGGUCUUUAACAUGGAACUUCUGGAUUUCACGAGUGCCACUGACUAUGAACACGCAGACUUGGACUCCUGCUCACUCUCAGAGAGGCCGAAACUAGCUGUCUACCGAGAGGACGGAGAACUCCCGCCAGAGCCCCAGCCUUUACCAAGUCCAGGACUGUGUGCCAUGGACGGGGCCCCAGAAUACGUCCCCAGUGCCCACCAGUUCGGCCUCGCAGAAGGCAGCCACUUGGUGCUCCCCUUUAACCAGCUGGCUGUCCGAAAGAGGCUCUCCGUUCAGCUGAGCAUCCGCACCUUCGCCCCCAGCGGCCUGGUGUACUACAUGGCUCACCAGAACCAGGUGGACUACGCCACGCUCCAGCUGCACGCCGGCCGCCUCCACUUCACCUUCGACCUCGGGAAGGGCAGGACCAAGGUCUCGCACCCCGCGCUGCUCAGCGAUGGCCAGUGGCACACGGUCAAGACAGAGUACUUUAAAAGGAAGGGCUUCAUGACGGUCGACGGCCAGGAAUCGCCCGUGGUGACCACGGUGGGAGAUGCCACCACGCUAGAUGUGGAAGGAAAGCUGUACCUCGGAGGCCUCCCCUCCAAAUACAGGGCCAGGAACAUUGGAAAUAUCACCCACAGCAUCCCUGCCUGCCUCAGGGAGGUGACAGUGAACAGCCAGCAGCUGGACACAGUCAGCCCCGUGUCUGCGUUUGCAGUGACCAGGUGCUAUGCCGUGGCCCAGGAGGGAACUUUCUUUGAAGGCAGUGGAUACGCAGCCCUCGUCAGAGAAGGCUAUAAAGUGCGAUCCGACAUGAACAUCACGCUGGAAUUCCGUACCUCAUCGGAGAACGGUGUCCUCCUGGGGAUCAGCAGCGCCAAAGUGGAUGCCAUUGGACUGGAGAUUGUAGAUGGAAAGCUCUUGUUUCACGUUAACAACGGUGCUGGGAGGAUAACAGCCACGUAUGAGCCCAAAGCUCCUAGUAUGCUCUGCGAUGGGAGAUGGCACGCCCUUCAGGCAAACAAGAGCAAGCAUCGAGUGGUUCUGGUUGUCGACGGGAACGAGGUUCGAGCAGAAAGUCCACACACCCAGUCCACCUCCGCUGACACCAACGAUCCCAUUUAUGUCGGCGGCUAUCCUGCUGAUGUGAAGCAGAACUGCCUGAGCAGCCAUGCCUCCUUCCGGGGCUGUGUGCGGAGACUCACUCUGACCAAGGGCUCGCAGGUGCAAUCCUUCGACUUCAGCACAGCUUUCGACCUGCAGGGAGUUUUCCCUCAUUCCUGUCCUGGGACUGAGUCCUGAACUUUGAGGAACUCCUCGGUUGGGAACCAUCAUUUAUAUUUUGAGGAGAAUUAUUUUGUGAACUAAAAUCUUUACAGUUCAGAUUUCAUUUCCAACUCAGGUUCGGUGUUUCCAGAGAGAACGUUUUUGUUUAUGUUUAACUAAAACCAUGUGUACAACAAAUACCUCUAUUAAAUAGUUUAAAAUGUAAAUUGAAA